AGAGAACACGCUAUGAGCUCUCCCGUUGCCGCUGAAACGACAACGUUUCCUUCAAACGCUCUCCAAUUCGCUACCUGUUUUUGCACGCCAUAGACGACGGCGAAUAACUCGCACGCGCCGUCGUCGCCGCCAUGGGCCAAGACGAAGAAGCCUUGUCUUACCCUCCGAUUGACCCGGUGAACUACGAUCUCAUCAUCGUCGGCACAGGCCUAUCGGAAUCCAUCAUCGCUGCAGCCGCUUCCGCCGUCGGAAAGACAGUCCUGCACCUCGACCCCAACUCCUUCUACGGCAGCCACUUCGCUUCUCUCUCCAUCGACGAAUUCACCUCUUACCUCAACUCCCCUCCCACAUCCAUCCCCACCGCCGCCGCAUCUGGCGAUUCCGAUUACGCCGUCGUGGACCUCGUCAGGCAACCACUAUGCUCCGACGCGGAAAUCGUUUCGCACGACGAAACCACGUUUCUGCGAGAAAAUUCGAGGAAAUUCAAUCUCGAUUUGGGAGGGCCUAGGGCAUUGUUCAGCGCGGAUAAGACCAUCGAUCUGUUGUUGAAGUCCGGUGCGGCGAUGUACUUGGAGUUCAAAGGCAUCGAUGCGACGCUCGUCUACGAAGCGAAUGGCGGAUUGGUCGACGUGCCGGAUUCUCGCGGCGCGAUUUUCAGAGAUAAGAACCUCUCGCUGAAGGAGAAGAACCAAUUGAUGAGAUUCUUCAAGCUCGUUCAGCAACACCUGGGUGAUAAUCAAGAUGAGAAAAUCUCGGAGGAAGAUAUGGAGAGUCCGUUUGUUAGUUUCUUGGAGAAAAUGCGGUUGCCGCCGAAGAUAAAAUCGUUUCUUUUGUAUGCUAUAGCUAUGUUAGAUUAUGAUCAAGAGAAUAGUGAGGUUUGUAAGGAUGUAUUUAAAACAAAGGAUGGAAUAGAUCGUCUAGCACAAUACAGCUCAUCUGUUGGAAGGUAUCCCAAUGCACCAGGGGCUUUGCUUUAUCCUACUUAUGGUGAAGGAGAACUUCCACAAGCUUUUUGUCGCCGUGCUGCUGUCAAAGGUUGCAUCCAUGUUCUCAGAAUGCCAGUCAUUUCUCUGCUUAUUGAUAAGGUUACUGGGCUUUAUAAAGGUGUUAGAUUAGCUUCAGGUCAGGAUUUAUACAGCCAUCAAAUAAUCCUAGACCCAUGCUUUACAAUUCCUUCCCCAUUAUCGUUAUCUCCUGGAGAUUUUCCCAGUGAAAGGCUCCAAAUGUUGAGUCUGAGAGAUAUUAAAGGAAUGGUCGCUAGGGGAAUAUGCAUCACAAGGAAUUCCAUAAAGCCAGAUGUAUCUAAUUGCUCGGUGGUGUGUCCUCCUAGAUCAUUGUAUCCGGAACAGGUGACAUCAAUCAGAGCUCUUCAGUUAGGAUCAAAUGUUGCUGUUUGUCCUGCGGGCACCUUUGUUUUAUACUUUUCCACUUUGUGCAAUGAUGCCGAUGAAGGAAAGAAGUUAAUAAAAGCAGCCAUGGAUGCCCUUCUUACACUGCCCGGAUGUGGAAACUCUGAAAACAUUCCCAUUGUUCAAAGUGAUAGUGCAGAUGUAAAACCCAAUGUGCUCUGGAGUGCACUGUAUAUUCAGAAAUUGACUACGAGUAAAUUUGAAUUUAUCAGCUCCACUUCUACGCCGGAUGGAAAUCUAAACUACAAUGACAUUUUAGAUGCAACCGAGAAGCUAUUUGGUCAAAUGUACCCCAAUGAAGAAUUCUUUCCACAGACAACAUCACCUGAAGACAACACAGACGAAAAUGGGGUAACUCUGGAUGACUAACAAUAGUAAUUAAGGUCAAAUUGGCAUCUCAUGCCAGAAUUGCUGCACCAAGAUCUUGGAGCCGGAGGAACGAAGUUGUUACAUAAAAUACUCAUGCCAGGAUAAAUUGACAAUGGGGGUUAAAAACUUAAAUUUUGUAUCAAGGAGUUGGAAGUUUACGAGUUACAAGUCAUAAUUUUUGUCCCCCCAAAGCAGGAAAAACAUACUAGUUCUGGAAAGUUUUGUCAAGCAUGCAAAUACUGGUUUGGUGUUGUAUACCCCUUUAUGAGCGUUUGUUGGAAAAAUUCACCACUUAAUGUGGAAUAGUGGAAGUUUGAAAGCCACGGGACUGAAGUAACUCCUGUAUCUUCAUGUGUAAUUUGUAUUUUGAAAACAAUGUGAUUGUAUAAUAUCUUGUUAGGUUACACAGAUUUGAAUCUGUCGCAAUGGUAUCCAAAGAAAAGACCUGAAACAUUAUAGGUUGUACCAA